UAAAAUAAAAGAAGAAGGAAAAGAGAGACGAAGAAGAAGUCCACACGUGUUUACAUCAUGUCUGCCUGACUUGCUGCUUUGCUUUUCUACCUAACAUGAACUCGCGAAACUAGAGUUUGUUCCUUAAACAAGUUACUUGUAAAAGAAGAUUAAUUUUUUAAAACACGGAAAUGGCGCAGAGAAAGAAGAAGCUAACCAGGAAAAAGAAAAACACGGCUGGUAAAGAGCUUGACGUGGACUCUGACGGAGGAGACUUUGAACUAGAUGUCCAAAUUAAAGACGAUGUUUCCCCCAGAGGGAAACUGUCGCGUUUUCCCAUUGCUUCAGACUGCCUGUCAGAUGUGGAGCCAGACACCAGGGAAAUGGUCCGGGCCCAGAACAAGAAGAAGAAAAAAUCUGGAGGAUUUCAGUCCAUGGGACUUUGUUACCCAGUCUUCAAGGGCGUCAUGAAGAAAGGCUACAAGGUCCCGACACCAAUUCAAAGAAAGACUAUCCCAGUUAUUCUGGACGGCAAAGAUGUUGUGGCCAUGGCUCGGACAGGCAGCGGCAAGACUGCCGCCUUCCUGGUGCCUAUGUUUGAGAAGCUUAAGGCGCCGCAAGCCCAGACGGGAGCAAGAGCCCUUAUCCUGACCCCCACUAGAGAGCUGGCCCUGCAGACGAUGAAGUUCACAAAGGAGUUGGGAAAAUUCACUAAACUGAAGACUACUUUGAUUCUCGGUGGAGACAGUUUGGAAGAGCAGUUUGCUGCACUUCAUGAAAACCCUGACAUAAUCAUCGGGACUCCCGGUCGUCUCAUGCACGUCAUCCAAGAAAUGAACCUGAAGUUGAAAAAUGUGGAAUACGUGGUGUUUGACGAAGCCGACAGGCUAUUUGAGAUGGGCUUCGCUGAGCAGCUCCAGGAGAUCAUCAGGAGGCUUCCCGACAAUAGACAGACCUUGCUCUUCUCUGCCACGCUGCCCAAACUGCUGGUAGAGUUUGCACAAGCUGGGCUAACAGAACCAGUACUGAUUCGUUUGGAUGUGGACUCUAAACUUAGUGAACAGAUUAAGCUGUCAUUCUUCCACCUGCGAGUGGACGACAAGCCAGCGCUGCUGCUUCACCUCCUGAGGCACGUGGUCAAACCUCAGGAGCAGACUGUGGUCUUCGCUGCAACCAAACAUCACGUGGAGUACAUCAGGGAGCUGUUGUCGUCAGAAGGGGUGGAGUGUGCCUACAUCUAUAGCGCUCUAGAUCAGACGGCUAGGAAGAUCAACAUUGGGAAGUUUGUGCACCGCAAAGCCAUGGUGCUUAUUGUGACGGACGUAGCCGCUCGUGGAAUAGACAUUCCGCUGCUGGACAAUGUCAUCAACUACAAUUUUCCCUCCAAAUCGAAACUCUUCUUGCACAGAGUCGGUCGUGUGGGCCGAGCGGGGCGCAGCGGCACGGCUUAUAGCAUGGUUUGUCCAGAUGAAGUGCCUUUCGUCUUUGACCUUCACCUUUUCCUAGGAAGACCCCUGCAGCUGGCCACACCAGAGCACAUGCCAGACUCAGACGGAACGUUCGGUCGGGUGCCUCAGAGCAUCCUGGAUGACGAAGCCGCCAACCUCAUCACGGCACACAACAACUCGCUCGACCUGCAGAACUUGCAUCGCGUCUCAGAGAAUGCAUACAAGCAGUACCUCAAGUCUCGGCCGAACCCCUCGGCGGAGUCCAUCAGACGAGUGAAGAACAUGGACAUUUCCUGCAUGGCAGUCCAUCCUUUACUUGGGUCUGGAUUGGAGAAAACUGAACUGGAACGCCUUCAGAUAGUUGAUGCCAUCAAGGGCUACAAAUCCAAAUCGACCAUCUUUGAAAUCAAUUCCAAUAGCAAGACAACUGCCAGCGAGGUAAUGCGGGCCAAACGCUCCAAGGACUCGCGCCUGGUGGAUAAAUUCAGCAAAGACAGGGAAAGUCUGGCUGCUGAAAGACGCCUCCGUAAGCCUGUCAACAACCCGACCGGCGAAGACGCUGGUGACGCAGACGAGGACGACGCGCUGCAGGAAGUCUUCUCGGAGGUGGUCGGUGGAAAGAGGAAGUGUCAUCAGGAUGGAGCAGAAGAGCAUCCAAAGAAUAAGCGAGGCAAACGCACGGCGACCAAAGACGAGGAGUACUACAUCCCCUACAGACCCAAAGACUUCAAUUCAGAGCGAGGGUUAAGUCUGGGUACAGAGGGCAGCGCCUUUGAAACCCAGGCAUCCUCGGCUGUCCUUGACCUCAUGGGAGACGAAGGGGAACAACUCAACCAGCACAAGAGGAUUACGAAAUGGGAUCGGAAGAGAAAGCGCUUCGUAACAGGCACGGGCAAAGAGGACCAGAAGAAGAGAAUUAAACUUGAUGGCGGUCAAACCAUCAAUAAGAAGAAGAAUAAGAAGAACUUCUAUGAGGAGUGGAAGAAGAAGUACAAAAUUGAUGAUGUAGCGUCUGGCUCAGAUGGAGAAGGAGGUGGCGGAGGAGUGAAGAAGAUAGGAAGAGGUCGUGGCCGUCGUCAAGGCCAGAGUUCGGGGGGUCCUCAAUUCAUGCCGAACGGAAAAAGGGUGCGUUCCGAGCUGAAGACCAGUCAACAGAUAUUAAAGGGGCGCAAGAAGCAACACAAGCAGCGCUUCCUGCAGAGCGGUGGCCUCAAGAACCUACGCGCCAAGAACAAGAAGUGGCUGGGAGAGGUGAAGAAGUCUGGAUUUGGUCGAGGCAGUCAAAAGAAGGGGAAGAUGAGGAAGAGGAUGUAAGACUGAGCAAUGACAAAUCGUAUAGAAAGAUUUAAGUUGCAAAUGCUCAUUGUGAUUUCCCGUCAUCACUAUGUGAACUCUCAAAAUGGGAAUGUAUGUGAAUGACUUGUUUUAGGUGCGCUUUUGAGUUCCCUCUGUUGUAUUUAACACAAUUCUUUUGUCGAAAUAAAACAUAAAAAAAGGCAGUUUUUUUGGUGCGUGUCUUUAUUUAAAAAAAAAAAAACCAAAAAACGUCCAGGUUAUUUUAUAUUUAAUGCUUGUUAUACUGCAGAGUACCAAAAUGAAGAAGUGCAAUAAACCUGCAAUCUUCCUUUCCCUAGAAUGGCUUCCUGUCUACCUGUCAUCUGUUACCACACAUCACCAAUAAGUCUUUAUCCGAUCGUUGGUAGGGUGCACAACUUAUGAGAAUGUGAGAGCAAAAUGAGAAAGUUAAAUGACAAAGCUUGCUGUGCUGCAUAUUGUGACAGUUUCCUAUGUAUUCUUACUACUGAUGAAUAUUGACCCAUAAUGUAACCUACCGUAUUUUUCAGACUAUAAGUCAGUUUUUUUCAUAGUUUGGCUGGGGGUCCGACUAAUACUCUGGAGCGACUUAUGUGUGAAAUUAUUAACACAUUAUUAUAUCAUCUCACAUGUUAUUUUGGUGUUUUGGAGUGACACUGCUCGUUUGGUAAACUUGUUGGGAUGUUUUUUAUGCUAUAGUUUAGGGCUGCAGCUAUCGAAUAUUUUAGUAAUCGAGUAAUCGACUGAAAAUUCUAUUGAUUAAUCGAGUAAUCGGAUAAAACAAAUAUAUUUUUAGGUGAAGAGCAAUUAUAAAUAUACAUG